ACGACCAUCACUAAUAAUACACGCCAUAGCACAUAAUCCCAAGGCGAAAUUCCUCUCUAUCUUCUUUGGUAAACAAAGCAGAAAAACUGUACCACUCCCACUCCAAAACCCCAAAUCUCCAUACAUAAAAAGAGAAAUGGUAGUGUGUCUCACAAGAUUGCCAUCUCUCACCUCUGCCUUCUUCUCUUCACCAUCAAUACGCCACUCGCCGGCGUUUCCACGGCGGCGUCACAAUUAUGUAUGUUCAGCAUCAUCAUCCUUCUCCAUACAGAGCGCGGCAUCUAGUCCCCCUGAGACCGAAGACAGAGUUGCUAACCUGAAAAGUAGAAUAAAUCAGGACCGAGCCGUUACUCCUCGAUCUGAAGACUUCAAUGCUUGGUAUCUCGAUGUUAUUGCUAACGCUGAGCUAGCUGAUUAUGGUCCUGUUAGGGGUACAAUGGUCAUUCGACCUUAUGGUUAUGCUAUUUGGGAGGCUAUCCAGGAUUACUUAAAUGUUAAGUUCAAGGAGACUGGACACAGCAACAUGUAUUUUCCACAGUUUAUACCUUAUUCAUUUAUAGAGAAGGAAGCUAGCCAUGUUGAGGGCUUUAGUCCAGAAUUGGCUCUGGUAACUAUUGGUGGGGGAAAGGAACUUGAAGAAAAACUUGUGGUUCGACCUACUAGUGAAACCAUAGUCAAUCACAUGUUUACUCAGUGGAUACAUAGUUACCGCGAUCUUCCUCUCAUGGUCAACCAGUGGGCAAAUGUCACAAGAUGGGAAAUGCGCACGAAACCAUUUGUGAGGACUCUUGAAUUUCUGUGGCAAGAGGGGCAUACGGCCCAUGCCACUCCUGAGGAGGCAGAAAAAGAGGCAUUACAGAUGAUUGACGUGUAUACGAAAUUUGCUUAUGAGCAAGCUGCAAUACCUGUUAUUGCAGGUCGAAAAUCAAAGGUGGAAACCUUUGCUGGUGCUGUCAGGACAUAUACGAUAGAGGCUAUGAUGGGUGAUCGAAAGGCAUUACAGGCUGGAACUAGCCACAACCUUGGUCAAAAUUUUUCUCGGGCUUUUGGAACACAGUUCACUGAUGAAAAUGGACAAAGGCAGCAUGUCUGGCAGACAUCAUGGGCCAUCAGUACCCGCUUUGUUGGUGGUAUUAUUAUGACACAUGGAGAUGACACUGGCCUGAUGCUUCCCCCCAAAAUUGCACCAAUACAGGUAGUAAUUGUGCCAAUUUGGAAGAAGGAUACUGAGAAAGCUGGAGUUCUAAAUGCGGCAUCAUCUGUGAGAGAAGUUCUUCAAUCUUCUGGUCUCAAAGUUAAACUUGAUGACUCAGAUCAGAGAACCCCUGGAUGGAAGUUCAAUUUCUGGGAGAUGAAGGGAGUGCCUCUAAGAAUUGAAAUUGGUCCUCGGGACGUUUCAAGCGGAAGUGUAGUCAUCUCUAGGAGAGAUGUUCCUGGAAAGCAAGGAAAAGUGUUUGGAAUAUCGAUGGAGCCUUCAAUUUUAGAAGCUUAUGUCAAGGACAAGUUGGAUGAGAUUCAGUCAUCACUUUUGGGAAGAGCAAUGUCAUUUCGUGAAAGUCAUAUUGUGGAUGUGAGCUCAUAUGGUGAACUCAAAGAAGCCAUAUCUCUUGGCAAAUGGGCAAGGGGUCCUUGGUCAGCUAGUGAUGCGGAUGAAUUAAGGGUGAAAGAAGAAACAGGAGCGACAAUUCGGUGCUUCCCCUUUGAACAGCCUCAAGGGACUAAAACAUGCUUGAUGACCGGCAAGCCAGCAGAAGAAGUUGCAAUUUUUGCUAAAUCUUAUUAAGGCCAUCCCCCUUGUUUAAAUAUUUGAUCUUGUUUGGGGAUCAUUUAAUCUUGGUUAAAACAUUUUGUUAGCAUUCUCCCUUUGUGUUUAUAGGUUAUAUGAAAUUGGCUAAAGCAAUGUAUCUUAUGAAUUAUUUGAUUUUGAAGAUUAGUUACCAUGUCCUGUCAUGAUGUUUUGCUCUAUGAAAAAGAGUUGAGAGA